GUUGGUUCUUACCACUAGGUGGUGCUCUGUAUUCAGAUAUGCGGGAGCCCUACGGGGAAGACGAAUAAGAAACACGGUGUGUGGUAAAAACACUUUGUGUGUGUCGUCUCUUUAUUAAUAUCUUUAGACUCUUAAACUCAUAAGCCUAGACAGCUAUAAAGAGUAGCUAAAAGAUAUCAUAUGGUGUCAGAAGUGAAAAAUGGAUCAGCUAAAACCUCCAAAUGACCUAAGCUUCGAAGGAAAUACUGCUGAGAAUUGGAGAAUCUGGAUACAGAAGUUUGAACUAUAUCUUGUGGCUAGUGGAACAUCGGAAAAAUCAGGCAAGAUAAAAUGUGCUACAUUUCUUCAUGUUGCCGGGGAUGAAGCAUUGAAGGUAUUUAAUACCAUGGAUUUUACUGAGGAGGAAGUUAAUAAUUUUGAUGUACUGAAAGAAAAGUUCAGAAGUCACUGUGAACCAAGAAAAAAUCUUACAUAUCUUAGACACUUGUUCUUCACUCGGGCACAAGCACCAAACGAAUUGAUAGAUGCAUACGUGACUGAUUUAAAAAACAAGGCUAAAGAAUGUGAAUUCGCACAGUUGACAGAAUCACUGAUCCGAGACCGCAUAGUGUGUGGUGUGAACAAUGAUCAAAUAAGAGCUAGACUCUUGAGAGAACCUGAUUUGGAUCUGAAAAAAGCCAUAGAUAUCUGCAGAGCGAGUGAAAUCACAAAAAACCAGAUUAAAGCGCUCCACGAAGAAACUGAAGCUACAGUAAACAAAAUAAGUAAAAUGAAGUUUACAAAGAUUUCACCUGAGAAGAGUGCUACUUCAAGUACAGUGUCGAAGAAAGAAAAGUGUACUAGAUGCGGUUACAGCCACGAGCCAAGGAAGUGUCCUGCAUUUGGACAAAUUUGCAAGGUAUGUCGCAGAAAAAAUCACUUCGGCAGGAUGUGCAAAACACAAAAACAAAUAGACAAAUCAAAGUAUUCGACGAAGAAAGUACAUGAGAUUGGUCAAGAGGAUUUCACAGAGUUGUUCAUUGGGGCCAUUGAAGAGGAACAGGCUAAAAACAAAGUCAAGAUGCAAAUCAAUGAAGUAAAUGAUGCCACAGCAGUGAACAAAGACAAAUGGACUGAAACGCUAAAAAUAAACAAAAGCUCAAUUUCUUUUAAAUUGGAUACCGGAGCAGAGUGCAACGUAAUCUCGUACAAAGACUUUCAAGCAGUUGCAGGGAAUUCAGUGUCAUUGUGCAAAUCUAACUGCGUGUUAGUUGCAUAUUCCGGCCACAAGAUGGAGCCAAAGGGUAAAGCAAAGCUCAUUUGCCAGUUUAAAGACAAUGAAGCUGAGAUUGAGUUCCAAGUCCUUGAGAAAGAUUCCCCUGCGAUCCUUGGAAGACUGGCGUGCACAGAGUUAGGACUGGUCAAAAGAAUCUACAAAGUAGACUGUGACGAAAACACACACAUCCUGAAGGAGUUUGAUGAUGUGUUCAACGGCUUGGGGUGCAUACCAGGUUCGCAUCACAUCAAGAUUGAUCCAGCCGUGGUACCUGUGAUACAUCCUCCCAGAAGAGUUCCCAUAGCCCUAAAAGACAGAGUAAAGACAGAACUUAACAGAAUGGAAAGCCUUGGAGUAAUCGAGAAACAAACCGAACCAACAGAUUGGGUCAAUAGUUUGGUGACUGUCGUAAAGCCGAACAAACUUCGAAUUUGCAUUGACCCAAAAGAUUUGAACAGAGCCAUAAAAAGAGAACACUUUCCACUGAAGACAGUCGAAGAAGUGGUGAGUGAGAUGCCAAAUGCAAACAUUUUCUCAGUGUUGGAUGCUAACCAUGGAUUUUGGCAGAUCCAAUUAGAUGAGGAAAGUUCCAAGCUUUGCACAUUCAAUACACCUUUCGGAAGAUACCGUUUCAAAAGGUUACCUUUCGGUGUAUCUUCAGCUCCUGAAGUUUUCCAGAAGUGCAUAGCUCAAAGGCUUGAAGACCUGGAAGGGGUCGUAAACAUCAUGGAUGAUAUACUGGUGUGGGGAGAAAAUGUGGAACAGCAUGAUGCAAGGCUAAGGCGACUUCUAGAAAGAGUAAGGAGCAUAAAUUUAAAAUUAAAUCGGGAAAAGUGCAAGAUCAGAAUGGAUGAAAUAAAGUACAUUGGGCAUGUACUGAGUGGAGAAGGUCUGAAGCCAGACCCAGACAAGAUCAAAGCAAUUGUGGAGAUGUACGAACCACAAGACAAAUCAGCUUUAAUGAGGUUUCUUGGCAUGGUUCAAUACCUCGCAAAGUUUAUUCCAAACCUGUCAGAGAAUAGCGCACCGCUGAGGAAACUUCUGGAAAGUGGUGUGGAGUGGCACUGGGAAACAUCACAGCAAAAGAGUUUUGAAGUACUGAAGUCACAGCUGAGCAGAGCCCCAGUACUCAGAUUCUUCGAUGUCAACAAGGAUGUGACUCUUUCAGUUGAUGCAAGUUCGGAGGGUUUGGGAGCUGUUAUCCUACAGGAAGGACAUCCUGUAGCAUAUGGCUCACGGUCGCUGACUGACUGCCAGAAAAGGUAUGCUCAGAUUGAAAAAGAACUCUUAGCCAUUGUGUAUGGAUGUGAGAAAUUCAGCCAGUACCUUUAUGGGAAGAAAGUUAGAGUACAGUCCGACCACAAACCGCUGGAGACAGUGUUUAAAAAGCCUCUGCAGAAAGCCCCACCACGUCUACAGAGGAUGUUGAUGAAGCUUCAGCCGUAUGACCUGCAAGUCACUUACAAACCUGGUAAAGAGUUGAAAAUAGCAGAUACACUUAGCAGAGCUUACUUGGAGGAAGAAACAGAACAGCUACUGGACAAGGAAUGGGAAGUACAUCAGUUGUCAGAAUGUCUGCCCCUGUCGGAAGAGAAAUUACGAGCUGUCAAGGAAGCUACGGUUGAAGAUACAGAACUGCAGAGGGUGAUGGCAGUAGUUAAGUCGGGAUGGCCUAAACAAAUCAGAAGUGUGCCACCUGAAAUAAGGAAAUACUGGACCUUUAAGGAAGAAUUGACCCUCUCAGAAGGACUGGUGUUCAAAAAUAAGAGACUGGUAGUGCCACAAAGCCUGCGAGCAGAAAUGCUGGAGAAAAUUCAUGAAUCUCAUUUAGGAGUGGUGAAGUGUAAAGAGAGAGCGAGAGAUGUACUGUUUUGGCCAGGAAUGGGAAAACAAAUUGAAGAAUUGGUGUCAAAGUGUGCUGUGUGCAAUACGUUCAGACGGAACAACACCAAAGAACCUCUCAUCAGUCAUGACUUACCAGCCAGAGCGUGGGCAAAGGUAGGAGUAGACCUCUUUCACUUCAACCAAGCAGAUUACCUGCUGUGUGUAGACUACUUCUCAAAAUUUCCUGAAAUUGCAAAAUUGGAACAAACAACAAGCCAGCAUGUGAUAACAGCAUUGAAGUCGAUUUUCGCUAGACAUGGAAUUCCAGACGAAGUCUUUUCAGACAACGCGCCGCAAUUUGUGAGUGCACAAUUUGGAAAUUUCAGAGAUAAAUGGGAAUUUAAACACUCAACCUCAAGUCCCAGAUAUCCGCAGUCGAAUGGCCAAACCGAAAGAGCUAUACAGACCAUUAAGAAUUUGCUCAAGAAAGCACAAGAAAGUCAGGGAGACCUGUAUAUCGCUCUUCUGGAGUACAGGAAUACGCCACUUGGUGGAGUGAAGUUAUCUCCUGCACAGCUGCUCAUGGGCCGUAGGUUGAAAGCCAGAUUGCCUACAGCUAGUAAAUUGUUACUGCCACAGCUGCACAGAGGAGUGCAUACAAGCCUAAAGGAAAGACAGCUAAAGCAAAAGCUCUACUACGAUCGUGGAACAAGAGACUUACCCGCUCUGAAGGAAGGAGAAAACGUGAGACUGAGAUCAGAAAAUCGCUGGAAGGCAGCUGUAGUGGUGAAAAAGCAUGAAAAACCAAGGUCAUAUCUGGUACAAACACAGGAUGGCGAAGUGUACAGAAGAAAUCGAAAACACUUGCUAAAGUCGAAAGAGUCAAAUUCACAGAAUUCACACCUUCAGGAUUCAUUUCAGCCAAUGAUCAAUGACUGUGUUCCAGAUGAGGUGACUACAAAUCCAGUAAUGCCACCAAUAACAACACCUGAGCUGUUGUCUGCAAAACCUGAAGUUGUGGCGGAAGAGACUGUAAAAGUGACACGUUCUGGCAGAGUGGUUAGGCCACCAAAGCGUUACUCUUAUUAAAGUUCAUAGGACUUAAUAUGUAGUAAAUUUAUUCUUGAUGUUAUUUUGUUUAGUGACAUGGAAUUCAAUAAUUUGAAGUGGUGCUCUGUAUUCAGAUAUGCGGGAGCCCUACGGGGAAGACGAAUAAGAAACACGGUGUGU